AUGAGCCAUCCAGCCGACGCCAACACCACCAACGCCCUCAACACCUCCCUCCUACCAGGCCCCAUCACAGCCGACGCCAACACCACCACAGCCGCCCUCACCAGAGCCAUCGCCGACGCCAACACCGACCCCCAACACCGCCCCUCCUGCCCCCCCUCACCCCUCCACCCAAGCCAUCACCGGCCCAACACCACCAGCCGCCCUCACAACCUCCACCCACCGAACCAUCACGGCCCGACACCAACCAGCCCCUCACAACACCUCACCCUCACCCAUCACAACCGACGCAACACAGACGAACCUCACGCCCACACCCAUCACAUCGACCCAACACCACCUCACCCCUCACCCCAGGCCAUCACCAACGCCACCGCCCCCAACCUCACCCCUUACACCGCAGGCCAUCACAGCCGACGCCUUACCACACCCGCCUCACACUCACCCUCACACCAAGCCAUCACAGCCGACGCCAACACCACAGCCGCCCUCGACACUCCCCCUCACCAGCCAUCACAGCCGACGCCACCCCCAGCCGCCCUCCCGACCAUCGACGCCAACACCACCACCCUCAAUCACCUCACCGCCAGGCCAUCAGCCGACGCCAACACCACCACAGCCGCCCUCACAGGCCAUCACGCGCCCUCCCCUCACCUCACGCAGGCCAUCUGA